AUGGCGUCACCGAUGCCAACAGCAAACCAGGCGAACUCGUCGCACCACGCCUCACCACUGGGGGCCACACCAGCUUCGCCGCCCAACAAACGUGACUUGAAAUCAUGGUGGAAAGGAUUCAAAUUACCAUCAAAGCAGCAAGACCCUCCAGCAGAACCGAAAGCACCCGGUAUCUUUGGUAUUCCAUUGCGACAGAGCAUCACAUACGCCAAUGUUGCUAUAUCUCUAAUUGAUGAAAAUGGACAAAGCUACAUCUAUGGAUAUGUGCCCAUUGUGGUCGCCAAGUGCGGCGUAUUCCUGAAAGAAAAAGCCACCGGAAUCGAGGGUAUUUUUCGUCUAAGCGGCUCUGAAAAGCGAAUCAAGGAGUUGAAGCAAAUCUUCGACUCGCCUGACCGAUACGGUAAAGGCCUUGUCUGGGAUGGAUACACUGUCCAUGACGCAGCCAAUGUGCUCCGCCGCUAUCUGAACGAUUUACCUGAACCUGUCGUCCCUUUGGCGCUGUACGAGAAGUUUCGUGAUCCUUUGCGCGGAGCAACCAAGCAGCCCACUGGGGAUGGCGAGGGACCGCAGUUCGUCGACAGUUUUGACGAACGAGCUGCUAUUAAGACAUACCAGCAACUUAUCACUGAGCUACCGCCUCUGAAUCGACAGCUCUUAUUAUACAUCCUCGACUUACUGGCUGUGUUUGCGGCCAAGUCUGAUGAAAAUCGAAUGAACUCGCAAAAUUUGGCCGCCAUCUUCCAACCCGGCAUGCUCUCGCACCCCAAUCACGCCAUGGCCCCAGAAGAGUACCGCCUUAACCAAUGCGUUUUGAUCUUCUUGAUUGAGAACCAGGAUCAUUUCCUCAUCGGCAUGCAAGGCACCGCUGCUGAUGAGAAUACAAAGAAAGAGGUGGAAUCGGGAACACCGACAACUCCAAACGUGACAGGGGUCAACAGAACCGCAUCCAAUGCAAGCGCUGGUGCCAACAGCGUCAGAAAGGAAGGCCAGCUUCGCCGUAAUAGAUCUGUGUCUUCUAGACAUUCGAGAGGUGAAGGGAGUGUCGGCUCUCACAGCCCAUCUCAUGCCACAACUACCACGGGUGGUUUGGGUCGGAGUAAUACUGUACCGUCAAAGAAGUCGCCUGCCUUGGCAGGAGGCAAGUUUAGAAAGACGGAAAGCCCUGGGCAACAUUCUCCAGCACGCCUAGAACCUAUGACGCCAGUGAGACCGACGAUGGUGUUGGAUGAAUCGCAAGAGUCAAGUCCCACGCCGGCAGCGAUAGGCGCCACAAACCUACCCACUGGUGCAGCCCAAGCGUCCGGUCCGAGCCAAGAGAGAUUACUAGAAGUCCCCCAAGAAUCCUCACCAGCUCCUACCAAGGAACGAAAUCUCCAAAGCUUGUUUCAGCGAUCACCCACAGAAGGCAGUGAAAAACGGCAACCAAACAAGCUGAAGAAGAAGAGAAUUCCAGGAAGCGUCAACAUUAGCGCCCAAAGUUCCAACGCCUCACUUGCACACUCGAACGCCGCACCAUCCCCAGGUUUAGAGGCGUCGAACCCAAUGGAGUCGGUUCAACCCAAUCAAGAAAAGACAACGCCGGAACCAACAAAUGCAACAGACCCGGAGCCAGCCCCUAAUACCGCGCAGGCUGCUGCACAGAAUACUACCCAUCCCGCUGAGAGUCACGGAGCACAAAAGCCAUCGUUGCCACACCAAACAAGCGACAUGUCAUCAGAGCCGACGCCGCGUGCGUCACAAAUUGUUCCGAGCAACACGUUGCACCCUGAAGAUAACGUCGCGGGAAAGAAAUCGCCCCCAACGUCUCUUCAUUCAUCUUUCAAUGAGGGCUCCGAUUUAGAUCAAGUAGUUGAAGGCCAGCCCGCUCUACAAAACGAACAUGCUGACAAAGAGAAGAAGCGGCGCUGGAGGCUAUCUAGAACUAAAAAGGACGAUAACGGCGGCUCUUCUGGGUCUCUCGUGACUCCCUCACCUGGAAAUAUUGGAUCAAAUACUGGCGCUGAAACAAGCACAACAACUGUUGGCAGCGGGGGCAGCAAGCCUCGCAGAAGUUUUCAACACGAUGGAUCUGAGUCACACCUCACUGACGUUCACAGCGGCCCGGAAGGCGAGAGGGACGACACAAAAGAGGACCCAAAGGGGCCUCUUGGUUGGAUCAAAAACAAAUAUCGCGAGGCCAAGGAAAACGCAGAACAGAGACGGAACAAGUCGCCACCAGCGGACCGGCAUAGCGAUCGACAGGCUCUCAGUGCAGCGCUGCACUCCCGCGGGAAGAGUCUAGACAUGAAACGGGAGAAGCAGGAAGACGAAAAAGCGCCUGAAAAGGCCCCCGAGUUGGCAUCCGAACAACCUGUGGCAACAGCUGAGGAAACCACUGCCCAAAAGGAUGUUUCUCGAGAAGCGGCGACUGCCCCAAUCGUACACCAUGAAGGGCCCAGGUUCAUUGAAGAGAUCAAGCCCUCAGCUCCGGAAAAAGCCCUUGAAACCGUCCACGAGGUGCCCAAGGAUACACCAACGAAGCAGGGCUACACGACUGGUGAGGAGCAGAUGUCGAAGGUCUCAGAAGGCCAGCCAGCUGCGGACCAUACCCCUUCGGAUGAAACGAAGGUCGGAGAACCCAAGCCUGCUGAUGCACCGGUUGAACCUGCUGUGCAUACAUAA